CUCCCCAUCCUCCUCCAGGUCUUUUCCAAGGUGUUCAGUCAUGAGGCGCUACAGUCCUACCUCCCUAAGAUCCAGCAGGUGAUCCAGGAGUCACUGAGGCUGUGGAGCUCCAACCCAGAACCCAUCAACGUCUACAGGGAAUCCCAGAGGCUGUCGUUCCACAUGGCAGUGAGGGUGCUGCUGGGGUUUAGAGUAGCAGACGAGGAGAUGAGACAUCUGUUCAACACCUUCCAGGAGUUCAUAGACAACAUCUUCACCUUACCCAUAGACCUGCCGUUCAGUGGGUACAGGAAGGGUAUCCGUGCCAGGGACACACUCCAGAAAGGAAUAGAAAAAGCCAUCAGGGAGAAACCCCUCUCUUCCCAGGGGAAGGAUUAUAGCGACGCACUUGAUAUCUUGCUGGAGAGCGCAAAAGAGAACGGCACUGAACUCACAAUGCAGGAACUCAAGGAGGCGACCAUUGAGCUGAUCUUUGCUGCGUUUGCCACCACGGCCAGCGCCUCCACGUCUCUCAUCAUGCAGCUGCUUCGCCACCCUGCCGUGUUGGAGAAGUUACGAGAGGAGCUCCGGACCCGGGGGAUCCUCCACAACGGCUGUCUGUGCGAGGGGGAACUGGGCCUGGAUACCAUCGUUAGUCUGAAGUAUCUGGACUGUGUGAUCAAGGAGGUGCUGAGGCUCUUCACGCCCGUGUCUGGGGGGUAUAGGACGGCCCUGCAGACCUUUGAACUAGAUGGGGUACAGAUCCCGAAGGGUUGGAGUGUGAUGUACAGCAUCAGAGACACCCACGACACCUCCUCCGUCUUCAAGGAUGUAGACGCCUUCGACCCCGACCGCUUCUCCCAGGAACGCUGCGAGGACAAGGAGGGACGCUUCCACUACCUUCCGUUUGGCGGUGGCAUCCGCUCCUGUCUCGGGAAACAGCUCGCCACUCUCUUCCUCCGUAUACUGGCCAUCGAGCUGGCCAGCACCAGCCGCUUUGAGCUGGCGACCCGGGACUUUCCCAGAGUGGUGACGGUGCCGGUGGUUCAUCCGGUGGACGGGUUAAAGGUGAAGUUCUACGGUCUGGAUUCUAACCAGAACGAGAUUCCGUCCGAUCUCCUAGCCGACAUCAAGACGGAAGAGCUGCUGGGAGCCGCGGUGUAGAUCGUUGAUUUGGAUUGGACGAAGCAAGGAGGAAGGGAGGGAUGGAUAGAGGGAGGAGAAAUGAGAGAGAGGAGGAGGAUGGAUGGAGGACAUGGCAGAGAGAAUAAAAGGAGAAUGGGAGGUCAGGAGUGGUCUAGCAUCCUUUUGUUUUCAUUUUGCUGAUGUCUUGGAAUGUUGGAGGUCUCCUUUGAACUCUAAAAAGGAACAUUCUGAAUUCCGAUUCCUUCUCUUUGUCGUGUUAUUGUUAGUCAUUGGAACUUUCUGGGAGACAAAGAAGAAGAACAGAGGCUGCCAAAAAAAAUCUCUAUUCCGUUUGUUUUCCAAGAAAUAUACAAAACUAUGUAUAAAAUGAAAAGUAAUGUAAUAUAAUGAAUGAAUAAAAAAACAGAAGAUUUAAUGUUAAGAGAAGUUAUGCACAAUUAGGAAACAGAUUCUUAGGGGAGUGUAUUUGGAUUAGAGGGAUGGAUGGAGGUAGGGAAGAAAGAAAGGAAGCAAGGAAAGGAGGGAUAAAACAGGGUAUAAUGAUUUAAGAAGCUUAGGGAUAGGAUAAAAGACAGGAGAAUCUACACAGGAGAGAGAGAGACUCUUAAAGUGAAUCCAGAGCUAGAGAGAGAAGGGCAGAGGUGAGUUCAUACACACUUGUAUAUAUCAGGGUGCUCCAAGUCCAGUCCUGGCAAGUGCUAGAGUUUUCCAGGCUUUUCUUCCAGCCAUGCUCUAACACACGUCUCUCAAACAAUCAAGCUAUCAACCUAUCAACUAUCACGAUUUGUUAAAUGAGGCGUUUUUUUUACCCGGAAAAUGGACUAUAAUUCUCCAAGAUGGGGCUCAAACAGAGACCCCUGCUAUAAAGGACUUCAGGGAGAAUGCGAAAGAGAGACUCAAAAGCUGGAAAGGAUUUUAGGAUUGUGUGUCAAUAGCUCAGGUGUGGAAGGGGAUCUUUCAUUGGACGUAUUUUCAUAUCUUCAUUUUUUUUACUCAACCUGCACAUAAGAGACGAUCAGUUGUUACCAAUCAUCCCCCUUCCCCUUUAAACCCUCAAACCUGUGCUAUGAUGUCAUCGGACUAUGUGUCCGUGUGUGUGUCCGUCGCUUGGCCUGACAUCUGCCUCUUUGCUUGACUGGAUGUAUUUUGGACAUAAAGGAGAACCAUUUUUCUAAAGCUAUCAGAAUCGUCUAAGCUGGAGGAAGAAUGAUAGAGAGAAAGAGAAGAAGAGAUAAAGAAAGAGAAGAAGAGAGGGAGAGAUAAAGAGAGAGGGGAGGAGAGGGAGAAAUACAGGAGGAGAGGAGACCUAUAUACUUGCUGCUUGAGAGUUGCUUUGUUUUUGUAUUUCAGUUGGAGCAGAGUGUUGUUGAACUCUGUGGGACGUGAAGCUGACAUUUUGACUAGCUGCUCCUCUUUAUCAACACAAAAAUGCAAAAUUGAUUUAAAGAAAAAUCUAAACUUUUUUAGCUAAUGAGAUUUAACAACGUGAGACGAUUGCACAAUCAGAAUCAUUUUUGGAACUUAUUACUAACCCCAACACCAGGAAAUGUCCAUCAUGGAUAAGGAGAGAAAAUACUUCCAAAACAAAACUACUUCCUUUAUAACUCGUCAAAAGAACACUUAGAACUUAAUGAACAUUCCGGAACUCACAAACAUUCCGGAACUCACAAAUAUUCGGGAACUCACAAACAUUCUGGAACUCACAAACAUUCUGGAACUCAAUUUUUUGGGGAAUUCACAAACAUUCCGGAACAUUCUGGAACAUUCUGAAAUAACAUCCCGGAAUCCUUGGACAGUUGGGAGUUUUAUUUGGAGGGAGCUAGGACCCAGGGACUGCUGGGAAAAGCUUCUAUAAAUGAUAUUCUACUACCGUCUUCUACAGAUAUAUAAUGUCUAUAGUGUUAAAGUCGUAUAUAUUCUGGGACCAACUACACCACUGAUUGUCUACACAUACUAUACGUACAGUGAGCUGCUUCUGUGUUUCUAAAUGACAGUUAUAGAAGUGCUAUCAUAUAUAGAUUGCAAGUGAGAUUCAUCGACAUUUCUCGUUUUUUUAUUGUAUUUUAAAAUUGUAUUUAGCAAAUAUUUUGUAUUUUGUGAAAAGCAAAGAGGGAUGGGCAGUUCUGUUCAUUCUGAUUCUUGUGUUUAGUAAGUAAGCCAUGGGUUAACACCUGUUCUCUCUAAUACCCUAAUAUUAUUAUUAUUGACUAUUAAUAUUUCUUAUUGUAAUAAAAUAUUAUUAUUUUAA